GCGCCGAAGAGCCCUGGACAAUUUCGGGUGCAUUUCGUUUCAAAGUAUUUUGGAUACUUUCAAUGCGGCGAUAAAUCAAGAGCAAGCGUGGGCGGUAUGCUUUCAGUUCAUUCGAACUGCAAAAGCCUGUUUGGAGGAAAACCGUUCCGCGUGCUUUUAUGCCACUCAGUUGGAACAUGUAAAAAUACACAAGGAUGGUUCAGUGCAUAGAUCAACGUUUCUUGGAAAUCCUGCCGAUGCAGCUGGUUGCUGAACUUGGUCUGAUCAUUUACAAAGCCGUGGAUUACGGGCUUGAGCAAGAUGUGGAACGAAAAUUGGACAGUGCUUUGGGCAACCUGAUUUAUAGGAUGGUGCCAUCCGAUCCAUCAACAAAUGAUUCUCGAGAGGAUGAUGAGGGAAUUGAACAGGAUGCGGGUGAGACAGAUGACGGUGACAAGCCAGGAAUAUUGGACGAGAUUUUAAUGGAGUGUAUUAAUAACCUCAACUUGACUGAUGAAGACAAAGCUGAUCUACAUUACAAACCAGUCUGUCGCGCCCUCGUAACCGAAUGUAUGGACCUGGUGACAUUUCUGGAAAAAGUUGGAAGAGGGGCAAAAGAAUUAAAAGCCACCGUUUUAGCGGAUGGCCGGGAUUUUAAUGUUCAUGACCUUCAUUCCACGGACUGGGAACGACUUUGGGUUCAAGUUAUCAAACAGCUGCGUGACGGAGUCAAGUUGAAGAAAGUGGAAGAGAGCAGGGAAACGAAUCCCGUGGAGUUUGAGCUGUCCCCCUACGAGAUGUUAAUGAAGGAUAUUCGAUCGAAGAGAUAUAAGCUCAACAAAGUCCCGCUCGAAGGAGGCCUGCCCCCGAAAGUGAAGGAAGAUGCGCAUGAAAUCAUCCUGGAUUUUAUCCGGUCGCGUCCGCCCCUCAAAAAGGUUCCCGACACUGAAAGAUUGCCGGCAAGAUCAGAGAAAACCUUGCAUGAGCAACUGAUGGAAGCGAUACGAAAUACGGCCCCGUCUUCCUUGAAGCCAACGCGGCAUUCCAUGUCUUCUCUUUCGGUUCCAUCAACUGCUGGUGCUGGUAACUCUUGUUUGAAGUUUCAGCUAGAUUAUCUUCACUUGACGCCUGCAUUCUUUUUAGAUGAGACUGACACUCCGAGUGGAUCCACUCGUCGACGAAUCACUGUAGACAAUUACUUAUCGGUGUUUGACGAAUCGGAUGAAUCCGAUACAUGUUUGGAUUCUGAAGCUCCUGUAACUUUCACACCGAAAGUCGCGCAAUCCUCCAAGAAAAUACUCAUGUUCAAACCGGAUAAACCGAAAGCGAAGCGUCCGAAUAAACUCGAAAAUUCGAAAGCUGGACGAACAAAGGAUUUUCGGCGUUAUUCGUCUGAGUCUGUUAGAGCAGAAACGGGGAAACAAUCGCCUGAACCUCCUCCUUUCUCUUUGGAAACGCCGUCAUCGAAGUCUGUAUUUCAGGAAGCGUUGAUGGAAUCCCAAAUGUGGCAACAGCAAAUUGACUGUCUGACGCUAACAUUGGACGAAGUGGUUCACAUUCGAAGUGUUCUGACGAGGGCGGAGUUGGAGACACUCCUGUUCGACAUGAAGCUUUACAGAGACGUGGCCACUGGCAAGGUGUGCUUUUCCUGUCGUAAAACGAGAUUCGGUUUGUUCGGAAGCAAAGACUACACGUGCAAAUUGUGCGAGCAGGUUGUUUGUCGGAAGUGCUGCGCAAAGAUGGCAAUUCCGAUGGAUCAUAUCCAGACUGUACCUGUGUUUUUUCUGAGUCCUCCGCAAAGUGGUGACCCAAGCCCAGUGAAUCCUGAGGCCCGUACGGGUCCUCGAUCCCUUUUAUCGAAAUUGGAGGGCUUAUACAAGGAGAAUUCCCAACAGUUGAGAAAUUCUGCGAGCAGUGCACCGAAUUCUCCGAAAUUGUCACGUUCAAAUUCGAAUGCAGCAGAGUCUCAAAUUUGGCGUUCGAAGUCGCCCCAAGUUCUCAAAGGAGGUGAGAAAGGGUCGUCGAUUUUGAGACGGGAAACGAUGAACGUAUGCACGGAUUGUCAAGUGAUGGUCAAACAAAUUAUCCUGUCGUCGCAGAAAGCCCUUAGAGCUAAAGGCAAGAGAAGCACGAGCGUGGAAAACCAAAAAUCAAUAUCUCCUCGAAGUCGACCUGACGUCUCACAGGCUGGGCUGACGACGUCGACCGCGGUGGUCGUGUGGGGGGGACCAGCAGCCAGGCAAGGGAGUCAGUCCCGGGAACUCACACGCGGGCACCGGGUUCGCAGCGGACAUCCGGCUUCUCGUCGUCGUCCUAUCCUCAAUAAGCUCCGGCAGCAAAUAUAUAUUUUGUUCGCUCUCUUCGCAAACCAUCAAUGGUUUGAUGAACAAAAACCCGAGUGA